AUGCAUUACUGCGCACGACCCGAUCAUCGCCUCGUCCGCCACAAUAACCAGCGAGAACAUGGCAACAGGAGGAGGGCUGAAAGAUCCUCGCAGCAGCCCAGCAACGAGAAGAGACAGACGUUCCAUAUCCAUUCAAAGCUCAUCUCCAGCCACUCGCCAUUCUUUGCUGCGGCUUCCGACAGUUCAGACUGGAAGGAAGGUUUUCAACGAUCGGACAAACUGCCGGACGACUCACCAGAGGCCAUGCAGGCUUACGUUGAAGGGCUUUAUACCGACCGAUUUUGCUGCAUGAGCGACAUGGGAAAGACUAGACAGGAUCGUGGAUGCCUACAUCAUGGCGGCUCGAUCUUGCAAGAUUGGGUCAAGAAGAGCUCCUCCAAUGGCUUGAUUGUCGGUAUCGCCUACGCAAGUACCCCGGCAAACUCGCCACUCCGAAGACUUCUGGUAGAUAUGUAUGCUGCGGAAGUAAUCCACGACCUAUUCGCCAACGCAACGUCGGACAGCUACCCGCCAGACUUUCUCUUGGAUCUCAUACGAAAGCUGCUUCCAGGUGAUACUGAGACCGCCAAUGCCAAUCAGGGAAUCCCAGGGUCUACACGUACCUACCAUCACCACAGCGCGGAUGAGGUGCGUGGUGGACAAGCCGGGUAAUGACGUAGUGGCAGCAGCGUUUCGCGGCACGAAACCUGGCUUGCCCUCGCGCUGUAUGUAAGCGAAUAGUGGCACAAAGCAUUGCAGUCGUCAGGAGACGCAUGCUUCAAAGCGAAUAAUAGUGAAAGCGGAUGUUAGGUCAGAGCAAACCAUGUUCAAUCCGAUAGAGGAGCGUUAGCGUACCACCAAAAGUUCUUUGCGGACACUCACGUGCGGCAUGAAUGAGGCAACCUCAGCUUUCCGUCACUUCACUAGCUCAGGGCUCGGAGUAGCUGACUGCCUAGAUCGCGAGCCUCU